AUGAAGAAUAUAAUCGAACCAGUGGGCCUUGGUUGGAGAGAUAAAACAGAACAUCAUUGCAACUUCGAAGCCUGUAAUCUGGCGAGAUCGCCAGAAGGCUCGAAGACAGACUCCCUAGAACCUACAAAAACAUCCAAGUCACUGGAUUCGAACUGGAGCUAUCGAACAGGCUCAAUUGUUGCAGCCAGUAUCUUCACCGCAAUUACCGCCGCAGCAAUUCUCUUCCUAGUGGUGCUAUUUAUUCAAAGGCUGCGCAGAAGAUGGAGGCAGAAUUCUAGCAUAAGGGACAGCAGGGGGUCCAACACGAAUUCAACGAUGGAGAAAAGACGCAAGCGAGAGAACCUGAUGUUCAGCGAGAACUCCUCUCGCACAUAUGUGGUCGAACAGAAUAAUGGAUCUGUAACUCGAGUGGUUUGUGCAACUCCCCACGGCUCUUCCUCUACGCCUACCCCGGAUACUACGCCUACACGGGAUACCAUCGCUACAACAACCCUAGAUGAAACAAACUCCUCGCCGGUGAAUAUCAAAUUCGAAGCAGCAUCUCCUUUGGACGCCUUGAAUUCUUCUCGAAAGGGACGCUCUGGGUCUAUACCGAAGCCGAUUGUCAUUGUGUCACCACCUCUGGAACCUGUGGUGUCACGAUCAGCCGUCCCUAUCCUUCAAUCGACAGAGGCUCCCGCACCAUCUGCGACUGAACCUGUUCAUACAGAGCAGCCUGUCGAAACCUCGAAUUCAUCCAGAUUUCUCCGGUUGCCGUCUCUCAAAAAGACGGUGUCUCCGUUCUUUCGUUUCUAG